UUUAACAAAGUGUGGACAAACAGAGUUCAGCUGCACAUCGAAAAAGGCUCUAACGCUUGUCACCCUCAACGACUUUUGGACUUUCCAGGAACGCCCCGAACGUCUGAAAGCGUGAGAGUCCGAGAGAUUCCGGGAGAAUACAAACGGGUAACAUCAGUCCGGCGCUUAAUAAUUUCUUGACGAACGUACUGAACGCUCAGAAGGAAUUAAAGUGGAUCGACCGAGUCGUUCACCGUUCGGAGGCGCAUCGAAGCCGAGAAGUUCCGACUUGGAGAGAAAAUGCGAAGAAAAGUGAGAGGAAAAUUUUGGAAAAUGAACAUUCCGACGGUAAAGGUUCGAUAAACAAACGAGAAAUCGACGCCCGAGUCGAGCCCCAAGACUCCCAACCAACGCUCCAGUCGCUCAAACGAACUGUCAUCGAAUUGGGCCAAAGCCUCAAUCCGACCGACAGAAAACAACGAAAACUUGGCAGAAUCGAGGACAAACCCUUUGAGCGAACGCGAAAAUUACUCUCCUCGAAAAACAUGAAAUCUGAUGUCGGGAUUGCCAUCGAAUAUUACAAUUACGAGGACGACAACGACCCCUCAGCCCCAGUCAUCAACCAAGCCUCAGGGCACGACGUAAAACUUCCAGUUCUCGCGAUCGGCGCCGGUCCGGACGAUUCCGAGAGUGGAUUACCCAUAAAAAAGGACGAGCACGAGGAGGAGGAGCGUGAAAGAGAGCGGGAGCUUAAAUCCUCGAGGAACCAAGUGCCGAAAGAAGAAUUUUUGAACAACGAGUCCGAGUCGGGAGACGAAGGGGAAAAAGUGCGAGGCGGUUCGUCGAUGGGGCCGCGGAAUUUGGCAGUUGGAAGGGAAAUAAUAGCGGCGGACGAAAAUUCGGAUUCGUCCGACGGGAGCCGAUGGUGAGAGCAGAAAAUUCGACAACACUUUCGGCGAUUGGACGGUCGUCGAGUAUAAAGCGAAAUUAGAUCGUUUCAGGAGAGCGGAGAAAUCGAGGGACGCGAGACAUUCGGAGCAUCCAAAUUCGCCGGUGGAAUCGAAAAGCUCCGAUUUUAAGGAGAAAAGGGGAGCCGAAUUUAGGAAAAACUCAAAAAACCUCAAACUCGCAGCCUCGAAAGAAAAAAAAACGAUAAAUCGCAGCCUCGACAGAAACGAAAAUGAAAAAGCAAGCGAAACCCAAUCCAGACUCCACUCCGACGCUGUCAAAUCCGCGAAAAACUAUGCCGCACUCAAAAGCACCGAUGACAUGUUCAAAGGUGGCGUCGAGCAGAGCAAUCCACUCGCCGAGGAUCAGCUCAGCCCCGUCGAGAGUACUCGCCUUUCUGGCCACCCCACUUCCCUCAACUCUCCUCCAGCCUUCCGCAAAUCCUUCGAGACCAAGACGAGCCUCGCUCCGGAGUGGAAAGUCUUUCAGGUUACGAGCACGCUUCGGCUUUUCCCGGUUUCCAAUCGACGAGCCGGGGCGCUCCAAACAACCCAGUUUUUUCAUUGUUUAAAAAAUUUUUUGAAAAUUAUAAAAAAGAACGAAAGUAAAGAAUUUUGGAAAAAAAAUUGUUUUGCAGAUAAACGGAAAAAAUGUCGUGCAGCAAAAAUCGUCGAUAAAAAUCGGUCGGCACUUGGCCCAAGUCGGUGAAGCGAGGCCGGUCGACAACUCGAGCAUCGCGACGACAAUCCUCGCGCCUUUCUCGAGCGAAAAAUACUUCAACGGGAGGAUUUUCACGGUGGAAAGUUCGCCGGCAACGAGCGUAAGAGUUUUAGAGUAUUUUUCAUUCCGAGGAUAAAAUCCUGAUGGACCGACGUGCUCAGACGAUCGGCAACUCUUCGCGGGAGCCCGAACCAACGGUCUUCGCUUCGGGAAGAGCCUCGGAGACAAGAGUCCAAAAUAAGACGAGAAUCAGAAGACAGGCGGGGUCGCUGAGACGGGAAACGAUGAAAUCGCGGAUAAACCGGGCCCACAGACGUCGCAAAGAGCGCGAGGUAAAUAUCUCUUGGAGGUGAGAAAGUGGGAAAGUGAGGCUGGUCGUUUCCCCGGCGCAGAAGGUCCCCUCCUCGUCCGAAAAGGGCGCAACCGGGCUCAUUUUUUUCGUGCUUUUCAAGCGAAAAAAAGGGUGCCCGAUAAUAAAGGCUUCGGCGAAAAUUCCGCCAGGAAAGCUCCCGCGAAGGAAAAGCUUCCGGCGAAAGGGGAAACGAGCCUGGGGGUUUUGUAACUUUUCAUUCCAGCCGGAGUUGAGCGCCCGGAAAAGCUGAUCGAAAUGAAAAUUUGCCUUAAAGAACCCCCCCGCCGGCGCGAAUGACUCGGACACGAGCGGCAGCCACAGCGGCAAACUGACCGUCCUCCUCGCAGCCGACAACAUCGAGGACGAGUCCCAAAUCGAUUUGGCCGUCCACGGAGAGCUGGCCGGAAAGAUAGUGGAAAAAAUAUUCGAAAAAGUCCAACAAAACAAGGGACUCAAAAACGCCCUCGGCCCGGGCCUGUCCCGGAAGCAGAAGCCCGAAGGCUCCAAGAUUCUCGGCAAGAAUAGCCACGAGGGCUCCGACCAGGACGGAGCAAGUUGCCAUUUUCAUCAACAAAUAAAAUUAUCGAAAUAAAAGAACAUUGAAAAAAUGAUAAACCGAAAUAAAAAAUAGAGAAAAUUCAGUUUAUUAAACGAGCCCAAAAAUGCAGGUGAAAGAAACGGAAACGAUGAUGAAGCGCGUGAUGGGGCUUCUGGGCCGGCUCGUGUUCGACGAAGUCCGACGUAAAACUUGUUCCCCGCUGGCUCCAGAUCUGCGGAAAUUUUUGCUGUGGACUCUCGGCGGGACGCGCGACUCGCAGCUCCAGGGGCCUCCGGAGCCCGGUGUCGCGGAUAACAGAACCGGCCAGAAGGCAACUGGCCAGCCGGACGAAUUUCUCUUCCCCAAUUCCUCGAGCAAUGGCCAACUCGAUGCCUCGGCGUCGCAGAGCCUCAACGAGCUCGCGAGAAAAGUCAAUCUCCUCAAGGGACUCAUAACCGAGUACAACGCCCUGAGCCAAGCAGAAAAAACGAAAAUUCACUCGGUCCACGAUUAUUUGCUGCACGAGCUGGCGUUGCUUAUGAAGUUAAUCGAGUCGAAAGAGAAAAGUGAGUCGAGAGCCGUCGGCUGGAUAGGCACGACUCAAGGUCUUGAGCACCGCGUUACUCCGGGGACCGGAAGUCCCGACGAAACGGGGAGGAACUCGACGAACGGGUCGGCUCUGGAGAAUGCGGGGACGAGGCGGAGCCGUCAGCAGGCUUUGACGACGCUUCUGGCUGAUCCGAAUGACAAUUUCGUAGCUUCGCAGAGAAGCUCGUUUCCCCGGAAGGAGCGUUGGAAGCGCCGAAGCGUUGGGAGAUCGAAAAAGGAGUUGAAAUCCGGGAGGCGGUGGAGGGGCGAUUCCUACGAGAAAAUGCUCGGCGAAAUAUUGUCGUUGCGCCGAGAAAAGCGCGCGGAUUAUUUGGGCUUCGAGGCCCCGAGGAUUUUCGUCGCCGUGCCGGGUGCGUCGGCCAGUCCGUUUCCCUCGUCGGCGUGGACGGGCUCCCCGGGGCCGGGGGGCGCGUCGAGCUUCGAUUUGUCGGUCCCGAUCCGGGGCAAGAACCGUCUCGAGGACGAAGUUUUGCUGCUGAACAAGCGGGAAGCCUGGAAGAAGGAGAACCGGCUUCUCCUCGAGGAAGUCGCCUUCGGCAGGGACUCGAGGAGCGACGUCGGGGAGCACGGCGCCGGGGGAGCGCUCGCCGAGACCCGGAGGAAGCGAGCCUUCGGGGGAGGCACGGAAAGGAGCGGGGUGAAUUCGCCCCAAUCGGGGGGGGAUUCGACCCCCGUUUUUGGCAACGAUUCCAGCCCGGUUAUGGGCAGCCUCCUGGAGAGGAGCAUCAACGUUUUCCCGCUCGAGGAAGCGAGCAGGGCCCAGGAGUCCAGGGCCGCUUGAGAGAGCGCUCGAAUCGACUUCGAGUUCGAAUAUUCCACUCCUUUUAGCCCGAACCAAAAAAACCUGUCAUUUCUUUCCGAAUAAAG